AUGAGGUCCUUGGUCCUUUUAAUCGCCACCGUUGCCACGACUCUGGCCACGCCGGCGUAUUAUCAAAAAUACCACGGGUCACCGGCGCCCAUAGGCCACGACGGGAGAGUCCUGGACACGCCGGAAGUGGCACACGCCAAAGCGGCGCAUCUCGCCGCCGUGGCGGAAGCUGCCGCGAGGGUACCGCACGGCGCGGCUUCCUACGCGGAAAAUGGGGACUAUCACGGAUAUGCUAAGCCCGUAUCGGUCGGCCAUCAAAUGUACCACAGCGGAUACGGAUAUCACGGGCCGCCUGCCCCGUUAGAUCAUGACGGUCGCGUGGUAGACACACCGGAAGUGGCCCGAGCGAAAGCCGCGCAUCUGGCGGCGUACAAUCACAUAGCUUCCGCGACACCUGUCGCGUACGAUCAUUCGCAGAUUUACAAGCCACCGGUUUACGGCCACGACGGCUAUUACGGCGACUCGUCGGGCUCCCUGUCUCACGACGACGGCGCGAAUGACGGUUACGACGGUUACGAUUACUGA